UCUCAUAUGUACAUAUGCCAACAUGUUUGACAUGCUGGAAUAUUUUGUUUUGCAGACUAUUAUUGCUCAAAUCAAUCACGCCAUUGGAGCUUCAGGGGUUAUAAGCCAGGAAUGCAAAUCUGUUGUUGCCCAGUAUGGGAAAACCAUACUUGAAAUGUUGUUAUCAGAGAAUAUCAUUAGAUGCUAUUCUGCUUAUGGAGAUUUGUGCAAUUUGUCUGAGAACCUGAAUUUCGCAGUUCAUGUUGGUGUUUACAGGCAGAACCCCAAAAAAUUUGUUCCAGAUUCAGUUGGUGAAGGUGAUGUAGCACAGUGUAUUAGUGGAUUUACAGCCUUAGACGUGCCCCCUCCUCGUAGCCCUUUGUGGUUUUUUGGUGAUGUUUUCAUGGGUCAGUAUCACACUGUGUUCGACUAUGGGAAUAUGAUUGUUGGAUUUGCUGAAGCUGCUUAACUUUAUCCUUCUCUGGAUUGUGUAAAAUCAUCAUCUGCCACUAAAAGGUCUUUCUAUCUGUAGCAUUUGAAAUCCCAACCCUCACUUUUGUAACAAAUGAAUCUCCUAUGGAUGGCAUUUUUGGCAGUAGUUUUUGAAACUUCUAACGUAUCAAAUCUCGUUAACAAAUGAGAAUUCGAAUUUUCCUAAGUAUUUCCAUUUAUGUA